UGCACAAUUACUCUGCAAAAAGAAGAAGAUGCGUUUUCCUCCUCCGCCGUCGUCUCUUAGGAACGGAGAAACCCCGCCUCGAAUGCCGUCGGCACCUCAUUUUCACUCCACCAUGUCCAUUCAGAAGCUUAGACGUUUCAACACACUAAUACUUGUCUUCCGCUUUGCUUCUUUCUGCUUCUCCUUUGCUGCUGCCAUCUUCAUGAUCACCAACUCCCACGGCUCCCAUGGUUCCCCCAGCUGGCGCGACUUCGAAGCUUUCAGGUUUGUGCUUGCUGCAAACGCAAUUGUGGCUUUGUAUUCGCUUGCAGAAAUGGGAGCUUCGAUUUGGGAGAUUCUCAGAGGCACCACUUUUUUCCCGGAGACCGUACAAGUCUGGUUUGAUUUUGGCCAUGAUCAGGUUUUCGCGUACCUGUUACUGUCGGCGGAUGCAGCGGGAACGGCGUUGGUCCGGACGUUCAGAGGAGGAGACACGUGUACGACCGUCAACACGUUUUGUGUCCAAUCGUAUAUUUCAAUUGGGCUGGGCUUUGUGGGCUUUCUCUUCUUAGGGUUUUCUUCGUUGCUCUCGGGUUUUCGGGUCGUUUCAUUUAUCAUCAACGGCUCCCGCUUCCAUCUCUAGACAUUUUUAUUUUUUAUUUUUUCUCUUUU